UGAAGGCAGACCCCAGUCUCCUCCCCAGCAUCUCAGCUCCAUGGCAGCCGCCAUGUUUUGACUCAUGGAAGGAGCUGCUGACGUCAUGAGGUACCUGUCAUAUUAGAACAUGCAGAGGUGAAAAAAUCAGCAACAAUAGCAUGAUGUCUGUCCCUGGGCUGAUAGUCCAACUAUUAAAGACUGCCAGGUGUUUGGUCAGAGACCAGACAGCCAGACACAGACGGAUGCAUGGUGAUAAUGCAGUGAGGGAUGGUAAAUGUCUCUCUUUGGCUUGGACCAGCAGCUGAGAUGUUGAAAUGUACUUGAGGUAAGUAGAGAAAGCUUUAAGACGAGUACCAGACAUCUAUCAUGAAAUGUUUCCAGGAUCCCAAGUCCAGCCCUCUUUGUCCUUACUUUCCAACAUUCUCCAACAGAGGGAAUUAAAAAAAGAAGCAGCAGAAGCAUGUAGAACAAGUUAAAUAAAAUUAAAUUAAAAACAUCUGGCAUACAGUUAUACAAUUCAACUGGCUUACUGGGGAUGAGCUAGGAGAUCAAAUCCACAUCUAUGACACAGGUUCAUGAUGUUUGUGAAAAACAGUGGCCAGCUGGAAUCAAGUGUUCCUCCCUUAAGACCCAGGCACAAUCCAUUUCAGACAUUUUUUAGAGUUGGCUGACUGUAUACAGGCUGAUUUAGAGUAGUUUUUAUGGUAUUAUAUCACAAAUCCCCAGAAGACAUUAGACACAAAGACUCAAGGAAUAAAAGCUUUAUCUUGCUUCUAAAUAAAAUAGGGUCAUAAAUACAUAAAAACAUUUUAAAAUACAUUUAGCUCUUUUUACAUUUUUAGAAUGAAAUGCUUUGUAUAAUGCCUUAUUUGUUUUGUUUUAAAUGUUGGAGUUAUUUCUUUCUUUACACUGUUUCUAGCAUGUAGUAGUACUACUUCAGCUUUACAGAGACAAUAUACAACUUAUCAUUUGAUCAAAGUAUUAGCAGCCAGGGGACACACCCACAAACUAUUAAAAUAGUCCCUACACUGUGCCACUUUCGCAACAGAAGAGUACAAGGACACUCCCCUUUGCUUUAAAAGCUGUGCCUGUGGCCACAAAACCAUCUCACCUCUGUUGAGAUUUUGCUUCAACAUCUGGAUUUGUCCAUCAUUAAAAUAGGGGAUUAAUCUGUGAUACUCUUAUUGAUCCACAAGAGGAAACUCAGUUCUUUCUUCAGGAGCAUAGCUUCUCCUGAACUGUGUCCCAUACUGAAGCACUGAUGAUGGGUGCGUGGGCCAGAGCAGCGGCUCUGUCUCUGUUGCUGCAACAGCUGGUGCUCGCUGUCACAGCUCAAGGUAUUGUCUAUGACCUGCUGGACUCUCCAGACUGCCUGCCAGACUUGCUCCAAGGAAGCCUGAAGAACAAAGGGCGAGAUGAGGCUUUCCUCCUCUCUUCCUUCAGACUCCACAACAAGGCCCCCACCUCUCUCUACAGUGUCAUCAACCCCAAAGACAACACCAAGUACCUGGAGCUCAGCGUGCAGGCCAAACUGAGCAAGGUGACCCUUCGUUACCAGAAGAGUGACGGCAGAUUUGGCACAACCAGUUUCAACCACGCUUCCCUGGCAGAUGGCCAAGCUCACCAUGUCAUGCUACAUGCCAGCGGCCUACAGCGCGGUCCACCUCGCCUCAACAUCUAUAUAGACUGCAGACUGGCGCACACUUUGGAAGAUCUGCCGGCUGCGUUUGGGUCACUCCCACCUGGUCCCAACAAGGUGGCACUUAGGACCCUGCAGUCGAGUGGACAGGAUGAACUGACAGAUUUGAAGCUGGUGAUAGAGGACACCAUAGACAAUGUGGCCACUCUGCAGGACUGUAGCAUGGAUCAGGGUGAAUCUCUGCAGCUGCUGGGUAUCCAGGGAGGCAGGACGGUACACGACCAGGCCACCAUGCUGGAGCUGAGGAGCAUGUUAUCUGAGAUGAAGGAGCUGCUCAACCAGCAGAUUAAGGAGACAACUUUACUGAGGAAUACCAUCGCAGAGUGUCUUGCCUGUGGUCUCGGGGGCAGUCCAACCAACACAGGUCCAGCUCCAAGUCCUGGCCAGUUUUUCAUGCAGCCUCAGCCUCUGACUCAGUGCUCACCCGGGACCUGUUUCAGACAGAACAUGUGUAUCCGUACGGAGUCAGGGGGUUUCCAGUGUACCCCCUGUCCAGAUGGAUAUACAGGAGACGGAGUGCACUGUGACGACGUGGAUGAGUGCCAGUUUAGCCCGUGUUUUCCUGGUGUCCAGUGUGUGAACACUGCUCCUGGUUUUCGCUGUGGGAAAUGCCCUCUGGGAUACACCGGACCAGAGAUAAAUGGAGUGGGAGUGUCCUAUGCUAAGUCACACAAACAGGUGUGUGACGAUAUCGAUGAGUGUCUGGCCCCGCCUGAGAAUGGAGGUUGCACUGCCAACUCGCACUGCUUCAACACUAUAGGCUCCUUCCGCUGCGGAGAGUGUAAAACUGGCUUCAUAGGUGACCAGGUGAGAGGCUGCCAUGGUACUAGGCUUUGCCCCAAUGGUCAACCCAACCCUUGUGACACCAAUGCUGAGUGUGUCGUGGAGAGAGACGGCAGCAUUAGCUGUGUGUGUGGCGUUGGUUGGGCAGGUAAUGGCUACGUGUGUGGAAAGGACACAGAUAUUGACGCAUAUCCUGACAAUAAGCUUCAGUGCAGGGACAACAACUGUAAGCAGGAUAACUGUGUGUUUGUGCCAAACUCUGGCCAAGAGGAUGCAGACAGGGAUGGGAUGGGUGACUCCUGUGAUGACGAUGCAGACAGUGAUGGCAUUAUUAACAUAGAUGACAACUGCUGGCUUGUUCCUAAUGUGGACCAAAGGAACAGUGAUAAGGACGUCCAUGGCGACGCCUGUGACAACUGCAGAACAGUUGAAAAUCCCACACAGAGGGAUACCGAUCAGGACGGGCUGGGAGAUGAAUGUGAUGAUGAUAUGGAUGGGGAUGGCUUGAAGAAUAUCCUGGACAACUGCCAGCGAGUCCCCAACCCAGACCAGAAAGACAGAGACAACGAUGGGGUGGGAGAUGUCUGUGACAGCUGUCCUGAUAUGGUCAACCCUAACCAGUCUGACUCAGAUGAUGAUCUUGUAGGCGAUACCUGUGACGACAACAUAGACAGUGAUGGUGACGGCCACCAGAACACAAAGGACAACUGUCCCACAGUCAUCAACUCCUCUCAGCUGGACACUGACAAGGAUGGAAUGGGAGAUGAAUGUGACGAUGACGACGAUAACGACGGAAUACUGGACAAUGAUGACAACUGCAGACUAGUUGCCAACCCAGACCAAAAGGACACAGACAAGAACAGAGUUGGAGAUGCAUGCGAAGGAGACUUUGACAAAGACAAUGUCAUUGACGUAAUCGACCACUGCCCAGAGAAUGCUGAGGUCACCCUGACUGACUUCAGAGCCUAUCAGACUGUAGUGCUGGACCCAGAGGGGGACUCUCAGAUUGACCCCAACUGGAUGGUCCUCAAUCAGGGCAUGGAGAUAGUUCAGACCAUGAACUCUGACCCUGGCCUUGCUGUAGGCUACAAAGCUUUCAGUGGAGUUGACUUUGAGGGAACGUUCCAUGUGAACACAGUGACAGAUGAUGACUAUGCUGGCUUCAUCUUCGGCUACCAGGACUCCUCCUCCUUCUAUGUGGUGAUGUGGAAACAGACAGAGCAAACCUACUGGCAGGCUGCGCCCUUCAGAGCCGUUGCUGAGCCGGGAAUACAGCUCAAGGUUGUGAAGUCAAAGACGGGUCCUGGUGAGUAUCUGAGGAACUCCCUCUGGCACACAGGAGACACCGCCGAUCAGGUCCGUCUCCUGUGGAAGGACCCCAGGAAUGUUGGCUGGAAGGACAAGGUUUCCUACCGCUGGUUCCUCCAGCACAGACCACAGGUUGGAUAUAUCAGGGCGCGCUUUUUUGAGGGUUCGGAACUGGUGGCGGACACAGGGGUGAUAAUUGACACCAGUAUGAGAGGUGGGAGACUGGGCGUGUUCUGCUUCUCUCAGGAAAAUAUAAUCUGGUCCAAUCUGAAGUACCGUUGCAACGACACUAUUCCUUCUGACUACCAGGAUCUCAAUGGCCAGAACACACAGUGAAACCAGAGAAGGGGAAUGAUCCAUCAAGGACACAACUUGAACCCUGUUGAAGAUGUGGAUGAAAGGUGCAGGCAGAGCUACGCUAUUGAGAACAAAGAGGUAGAGGACAUAAGUUAGAUAAAGAAAGAUGAAUGUGAGAGGGAAUGUGAGUUUUUUUUGGUAUUUUAACUUUGUCAUUCGAGUGAGAGGGUCUUAGGAAAGCAUAACAUUGGGCAUUAUAAACUUUAAUUCAGUGUAACUGAAGGCAGUACAUUCUUGUAUAAAUCAUCAGCAGGUUCUGGGUAUGUUGAUGCAAUAUCACCUACGGUUUUAUCAGUAUUUUAUGAAUACUGUUAACAAUGUAAUGCUGUUUUUAAAUAUAUUGUAAGUGCAAUAAAAUCCUGAGCAUUUAACAAAA